AUGAACUCUGAUAAACUGGACAAAAUAACAUUUAUCCAUGUAGGAAAACCAAGAUUUCAUCCCGAUGAGGUUAGAGCAACAGGUAAUCAAAUAAUUCAAGACCAAAGAUCCUCAUCAUUCAAAUCAUCCAGACAAAAAGCACAAGGAUCAGAAAAAAGGGAUACUUCAAAAGCUUUACAAAAAGCCUUUCAGAAUAAUCCAUAUUAUAAGUAUCACCAAAAAUAUAACCCUGACCUAGUAGGAGACGACCAGCAAGAACUGGCCUCUCAUCUUCGUGCAAGAAGAAACCGAACCAGACGUCUAACUCUAUCUGCUUUAAGCAGAGGACUGAAGAGUAAUGCUUCAUCUGUUAAUGAUAUUGAUUAUCGUAGUAGCAGUGAGCCAGGUAGUAUAUCCCAAGUGAUUGAACCUCAACAUCAACCACUUAAUACCUCAUUGUUUUAUCAAUCACUUACAGAUGACCCUUUAUUUGAUAGUGCAACAAAUAUAUUUUUAGAAAGGGCGCAAAGACGAAGAUCAAUCAUGAGUGGAAAAUCAACAUAUGGACUUGAACAUUCUGCAUCCACUGAUGUUUCAUCACCUACCACAGCAAACCACAGUGCACGCUUAGAACGACAGCAAGCUCUCUCAGGUAGCAGAGAAAGCAUUAGUGAAGACCAUCUUGCAGCAAUUUUUGAAAUCAUUAAAGAAGAAUUAGAACCUACUGAUGGAAGUAUUAAUGAUUCUGAAAACCAUAAGGGACGAACAGUUCGAAUAGUAACUCCAGUUACUCCUGAUAAAACAGAUGACACACUUUUUUGAGUUAAUAACCUAUCAUUAAUAUUAUUUAGAUAAUUAUGUGUGAUAUCUCUUUUUAUGGUAACAAUAUUGAAGACUUUUUUUUUCACUUCCACUCAGCAUACUUCAUUGGAAAAUCUUAUAUUAUCAACAUAGAAAAAAUUCUAAAUUAAUAUUUUCCAUAUGUGACAUUAUCAUACAUUAAUCAAAAUUAAAGAUUGAAUAAUCAGUGUAAUAAUGAAGUAAAAUUUAAAUAUUCCAUGUCAUUAUGACCUAAUGGUAUAAACACGGAGGAUUUCUUUGCCUAGGUAGUCUUUGCAAUCAUGACCUAAUAAUAAGAACAUUGAGGAUAUUAUUUUUUAGAUAUUCUGUGACAUCUUCAUAUCAGUAAGGACACUGAAGAUGUCCUUUAUUAUCGUGACCUAAUAAUGAAAACAUUAAGGGUUCAUUUACCCAAAAAUUUCUGUCUUUAUGGUUUCACUAAAAAAACAUUUAGGAUCUAUUUAUUUACAUAUUAUAUGUCACCAGGACACAUAAGCAGUGGCAUUUCCAGGAUUUUUCAUGGGGGUGAAAGAAGCAGCAAAAACUUAGUUACAGAAUGGAGUUCAAAUGUUAUUAAAACAAAUUAAGCAGGCUUUUUUGCCUUUAAGAAGUAUCUAUUUAUUCUGUUUAAUUAUCAAAAAAUCCAAAAUUACAUCAAGCUCUCUUUGCACUGUUUCAAGGCAUUCUGAUUCUGUUUCAAACUACCAUUAACUCUUCCCCACCCCAAGAUCUCAUCUGAUUGGAGAUACUUCAUAUGGGCAAAGAAAUUAACACUUUCAUGUCAGUUGGAGUUACAAUGUAGAGAGAAUAUAAAAACCCUACAAGACUAUAUUAUGAUAUCACAGAUGGGGGGGGGGGGGGCUCCUCAAUGGGAGACCUACUUUCCCUCUCCAUUCUGGUAAACAUGCCACUGACAAUAAAAACAUUGUGAAUUUAUUGUUGGUUUACAAAUUCUGUUGUCAUAACCUAAUAAUAAGAAUAUUGAGGAUUUUGUUUUUACUUAGGUUUGUUAUUUAAUCAUAACUUACCAAUAAUUGCAUAUAGGACUUUUCUGGCUGAAUAGGCCAUGAUUACAACAGGGAUUUAAAUCAUUUUCUGUUUACAUAUUUUAUAUGAUCAUAAUUUUAGAAUACAAAUGAAUUAUGUGAUAUAAAAAAUAAAGAAGAUUUCUUCGUCUACUUAGUGUGUACAGCAUGGCCUCUUAAAAAGAAUAUUGAGGCUUUUUGUUUGAAAACUCUUAAGACAAUUUUGAAAAUUUAAUCUACCAUUUUUUUUAUGAAUUUCUUCAGUUAUUUUCUGAUCAGCUGAACUCCUAAUUAUGAAAUUCAUAACCAUGAACACUUAUCAGUUGUGUUAGCAUUUAACUAGUAUUUUUGCUGUGUACAGAGAUUCAGAUCUUCCACUGAUGUGCAAAAACAGCAUCCUUGUCUAUCUCAUUAUUAAUGUUAUUCUAGAACAUGCAUUCAUGGGUAAUUUUACAGAGAUCAUUGAAAUGAAUAUCUUACGAUUUAUUUUUAUUCCGUUGGGUCAGUGAAUACAAUUAACAUCUAGUACUAAACUGCUAAGUUUAUUUUAAUCAUACCAGCUGCAACUGGAGUGUUUCUAUCAAAAUAGAUUCCCUUCAUUGAUAGCAAGAUAACGCCAGUGAUUCACUUUCCCCUGGUCUCUCCUACUGUCUUUGUGCAACAUAAAAUAUCCAAUUUCAGUAUGAGGCCUGUGAGAAAAGUAUCCGACCUUUGGCCAGGGAAUAAAAACUGGCAUA